AUGAUGUUAAUUAGAUUGAUAUUCAUCUAAGCAGUAGUUGGAUGGAGAGGGUACUAAUAAUGGACUAAUUAAUUUGGAUAAGUCUACGAAUUUUGUCCUGAAUUGCAUAUAUACAUGCCUAGUAUGCAUCCACAUUAUUGUGUUUGUAAGUUUUAGUGUUAUUCAUAGCUUUUGCUUCUAUUUGUUAAGGUGUUACGGAUGUAGUAGUUAAAACUGUAACAAAUGGAACUUCAUAUAUAUGCCAUCCCAGAUUCUAACCAUGGGGAGCAGGAACUCUAACAUAAGACGAUACUCUUGUUCAUUGUGGAUAUGAAUAAGGCAUUGUUUUAGUAAUGGAAAUGCUAUCAGAUGGACGAUAUAAAUUUUAUUGUAAAUGUAGGAAAAAUCGAUUAAUAGGUUAGAAUUUACAGAUGUGUAACAUGAAAAAUGUUUAGUAACUGCUCUUCAGCAAAAUAUGUAUAGAUGCCAAUAUUGUAAACCUCCAUUCUUUGGAGAUGGAUCUGAUUGUGAUAGUAUUAGAGGUGGCAUUGAUUUAAGAUUUACAUAUCCUGUUAGAUGUAAUUAAAAUAAUUAUUAAAGACUGUAAGGGAUAAUGUAUAGAAUGUGAUGAAAAUAAAGUCUGUAGUAAAUGUAAUGAUGGGUCAGUAAAAAGAGAUGAAUCUGAUGAUGCUUGUGAUAGAAGUAUUUCAUGCAUCUUAAAUAAAUAGACUGUUAAGGUUUUACUAGUUGUGAUAUUGAUAAAAAUGGUAUGUAUAUUUUUAGUGGUCCUUGCAUCAAAUAAUAUUAUUUGGAUAAAAAGGGGUAAUGUUAAGGAAUGAGUAAUUUUUUCAAAUUUUAAUUUGAUAGAAUACAAUAAUUGUGAAACUGGUUAGGAAUUUAUAAUACGUGGUUAUUCUUGUGAUACUUGCAUGAAAGGAUAUGUUAGAGAAAUAUUACCUCCUAAUGAAUACAACCAUUAUAUUUGCUCAUAAAAUGAUUGGAAUUGUGGCCCUUCAAGAUAAUAACCAAGACCUAAUUCUAUACUUACAGACUGCACUUAAUGUGAUCCAGGAUAUUUUUAAAAAUAGAAUUUUGAUAAAUGUUUAAGUAAUAAAUGAUUUAUUAAAUUUUAUAGAUGCUUAAAGUUUUUAACAAAACUGUAAUCUUUUAGACUCGUCAGGUAUUUUAUGUGUAUCUUGCAUGCUGUAGUAUGCAUUAUAACCUGAUGGAACAUGCCUACCUUUUGAGUGUGAUUUUCAGUGUAUCACUUGUUUGGAUAUAAACCCAAGUUUUUGUACUACUUGUGAUAUCAGUAAAAAUAGAAUACUUGAUAAUUAUGGUAAUUGCAAAUGCAUACCAAAAAGUGGUUGGAAAGAGGGAUAUUGCCCAUUUUGUACAGAUGGAUAUUGUUAGGAAUGUGAAUAAUCGGAUUUUUAUUCAUGUAUUUCAUGUAAAUCUGGGUCUAAUAGAAUACUUCAGAAUAAAUAAUGCAUUUGUAAGCCAGGCACAUAUGAUCCUGGAAAUGAAGAUUAGAUAUGCCUUGGUAAAUCUUUUUAUAAUAUUUUAUUUUAGCCUGUGAUUAUUCUUGUCUUUCUUGUUUUGGUCCAUCAAAUUAAGAAUGUAUUGAAUGUUUAGAUGAAAGUAUUUCCAAUAGAAUACAAAUUGGUGAUUCUUGUCCAUGUCAAAAUGGAUAUGCUGAUUACAAAAUUAAAGAAUCUUACUGUGGAAGUUUUAAUUAUAAUUUAAUUUAGAAUGCCAUCCAAGAUGUAAUACGUGUUUCUAAGCAGCUGACUAAACUACAAACUAAUAUUGUUUAACAUGUAAACCUGGAUAAAAUCGUGUUGUAUAAGAUAAUUUCAAUUGUGAUUGCAAAGAGAAUUAUAGUGAUUUGGAUGGAACUACAGAAAUUUGCGCAAGUAUUUUUAUAAAUUCUAUUUAGGGUGUUAUUAUACUUGUGGAAAUUGUAGCGAGUAUGGACCCACUUAUUGUACAUUUUGCUUAGAGAGCUCUAAUAGAUACUUAACUUCCUCAGGAGAAUGUAUAUGUAAAACUUCAUAUUUUGAUGAUGAAACAGAUAAUAUAGAAUGUUCAAGUAAUAAUAAAUAAAAUAUAAAUAAUAGAAUGCCAUUACUCUUGUAUAUUAUGUGCAAACAGUAUUUAGAAAGAUGCAUGUGAACUGUGUCCUUAAACUAGAAAACCUGCGAAUAUAUAAGGUAGUGAAUUUGAAUGCAUUUGUUCAUCUUCAAAUUUUUUUGAUGAUGGAUUUUCACAAGAAUGUCUAUAAUGUGAUUAUACUUGUUAAACUUGCAAUGGUCCUCUUUCUUCUAAUUGUCUAACAUGUGAUCCAACCUAUAGAUAACUAGACUUAUCAUCAUGUGUUUGCCCGACUAGAUAUUAUGAUAUUGGAUAAUUAUAAUGUGAAAGUAAUUAAGAAUUAAAUAUCAAUAGAAUGUCACUAUUCUUGUCAUUAAUGUUUCGAUAAUACUGUAGAAGGUUGUAUUGCUUGUUCUUUAGAACUUAAUAUUCGAGUAUUAAAAGGUAAUAUUUGUAACUGUGCUGAUGGAUUUUAUGAGGAGUCAGGAAUAGCUUUGUGCAAAAGUAAUUAUUCUAAUUAUUAAUAAUUUAUUAGAAUGCUCAUAUAAAUGUUAGACAUGUGAAACUCAAUCAGAAUAAUGUUUAAGUUGUCCGUUAAAUUCUUUACGUGUCCUUGAUCCUAUAAAGGGUUGUUAUUGUUUAGGAGAAUAUUACGAAAAAGAAAAUGAAAUAGCUUGUUAAAGUAAGAUUUAAAUAUCAAUAAAGAAUGUCAUUUCAAAUGCAAAUCCUGUAAUGGUUAGAAUGAAAAUAAUUGUCUCUCUUGUGAUUCUGUUGCAAAUAGAGAAUUAGAAGUGAAUGAAUGCAAAUGCUAAAUACAUUACUUUGAAAUGGAAGUUUAGGAAUGCACUGGUAAUUAUUAGAUAUAAUAGUAGUUUGCAGCGCAUUCUGUUAUGAAUGUAUUAAUAAUUUUGAAAAUUGUACAUCAUGCAAUAAUGAUAGAUUUUUGGUUGGAAGUACAUGCAAAUGUAUUACUAAAUUUAAUGGAGCUGCAAUAAGUACAUUUGAUUAUAAUGGAAUGGUUAAAUGUUAAAGUAUAUUAUUAAAUUAUCAUAAGAUUGUCAUUAUUCAUGUGGAACAUGUGGAGGAAUAGAAGAAGUAGAUUGCAUUAAUUGUAUAGAUACAGAUCACAGAUAUUAAGUAGGAAAUACUUGUGUUUGUAAUGAAGGAUAUUAUGAUGCAGGAUUGCCUGUUUGUGAAAGUAAUAAUAGGUUUUUAUAAAUAGAAUGCAGUUAUAAAUGUAAAGGAUGCCAAAAACAAUCUGAAAGAUGUAUUUCUUGUAAGGAUAAUACCUUUAGAUAAUUUGUUUCAGGUUUUAAUAGAUGCCAAUGUAUCUAAAGAUAUUAUGAUGAUGGAUAAAAUAGAAGUUUGUUAAAGUAUUUAUAGUUUUUACUAUUAUUAAGAAUGUCAUUAUUCAUGUCUGAGAUGUAAUGAUAUAGAAACUAAAUGUGAAUUAUGUUCAAUUGAAUCAAAUAGAAUUUAUAAUGAUCAACUUUUUACUUGUGAUUGUAAUAUUGGAUAUUAUGAUAUUGGAAUUGAAAAUUGUUAAAAAUGUCACUAUUCUUGUUUAAGUUGUAAUUCUGGAGAUGUUAAUUCUUGUAUUUCAUGUGUACCUAUGAAUAAUUCAAAUAGAGUACUAUAUAAUAAUACUUGUAAAUGUUUAUUUGGAUAUUUUGAUGAUGGUUAAUCAAUAUCAUGCAAAAAAUGUGAUAUUUAAUGUUUAAGUUGUGUUUAACAAUCUUAUUAAUGCUUAUCAUGUCCAUAAACUAGAAAAAUAGAAACCAACUGUAAAUGUUAAUAAGGUUAUUAUGAUGUGGGUCUAUAACUUUGUUUAAAAUGUAAUUCUAUUUGUUUGACCUGUGAAAUUUCAUCAAAUAAUUGCACUUCUUGUCAUACUGAUUAAUAUAGAGAACUUAAUUAAAUAACAUAAACUUGUGAUUGUUAAAUAGGUUAUCUUGAAAUUAAUGGAAUCUGUGAGUAAUGCUAAUAAAGUUGUAAGACUUGCUCUUAAACUAUAAAUAAAUGUACUUCUUGUGUUUAAUUUCGAAUUUUGAAGAAUAAUGAUUGUAUUUGUAAUGAUGGAAUGUAUGAAUCAAGUUUAGAUAAAUAAUGUAAAUUAUGUAAUAAAACUUGUUUAACUUGUGUUAAUUCUAAUACUUACUGUUUAACAUGUUCAAUUGAAAAUUUUAGACAAUUUAAAACUGGAAAUACUUGUGAUUGUAUGCCAGGAUAUUAUGAAAAUCCAAUUAAUUAAAAUUGUGAAAAAUGUUCAAGUUCCUGUUCAACUUGUUCUUUAUAAUAUGAUAAUUGUUUAACUUGUGAUACUAGUCUUAAUUUAUCCAUGUUUAAUAACAAAUGUUUAUGUUCAUAAUCUUAUUUCUUUGAUUCUUUGACUAAUUCAUGUUAAUGUAAUAUUAUAAUUAUACAUUUAGAAUGCAAUAUCACUUGUUUAGAAUGUUAAAAUAGUAAUGUAUGUACAUCAUGUAGAUUAACAACUAGACAUUUAGAUUCAGAUUAAAAGAAAUGUAUAUGUCAUGAUGGAUAUUUUGAGACAAAUUAAUAGAAUUGUUAAUGUAAUAUAAUAUAAUAUUUAGAAUGUCAUUUAUCAUGUGAAACCUGUGAAAAUAUUCACACUUAUUGUUUAACUUGCAUGAAUAUAUACCAUAGAAUAUUAAUAAAUAAUACAUGUUAGUGUAUUGAUGGAUAUUAUGAAGCUGGAAUCGAAUUAUGUUAAAAAUGUAAUAGUAUUUGUAAAACAUGUUAAUCUUCUGCUUCAUCUUGUUUAUCUUGCUAAGAUAUUCAACAUAAUAGGUAUUAUCAAGGAAAUAAAUGUUUAUGUAAACCAGGAUAUUUUGAAUCAAACACAGAAAUAUGUUCAAGUAUUAUAAAUUAAAUUAUAAAAAUAGAAUGUUCAAAUGAAUGUUUAACUUGUUAAGGUUAAGCUGAUUAUUGUACAAGUUGUGAUAUCAAUUCUAAACGAAUUGAUUAAUCAAUUAUCCAUAAAUGUCCUUGUAUUACUGGAUUCUAUUAAGAUGAAAAUAAGAAUUGUUAAAGUAAAUUUAAAAUUUAUAUGAAUAGAAUGUCAUAUCAAAUGUUAAACAUGUAUAAACUAGAAUGAUUAAUGUUUAAGUUGUAAUUUUAAAUUAAAUUCAAAUCGAAUGUCUUUAUCUGAUAAAUGUAAUUGUAAAGAAGGUUACUUUGAUGAUGGAAUAUAACUUAUAUGUUAACAAUGUAAUUUGAAAUGUAAAACUUGUGUAAAUGAAACAAAUAAUUGUCAAAUUUGUUAGAAUUCAAUACGAAUAAAUCCACCAAUAUGUAAUUGUAUGGAUGGAUAUUAUGAAGAUGAGUAACUUACAUGUUAAAGUAAUUUAAUAUUAUUUAAAAUAGUUUGUUCUUCUUAAUGUAAUACAUGUAUAUUGGAACCAUCAAACUGUUUAACUUGUAAACCAGGAAGAAUUGAUAAUGAUUGUAAAUGUAUUGAUGGAUAUUUUGAAAUUGGAUUAACAUUAUGCUCAUGUAUCAAAUUUAUUAAAUUAAUAGAAUGUGCAUUUUAAUGUGCUACUUGCGAUUUCGAUCCUUUGAAUUGCAAGACUUGUAAAGGUAAUAGAUUUCAAGAGCCUUAAUGUAUAUGUUAAUCUGGAUAUUUUGAUGAUCAAAUAAAUGAAGAAUGCUAAAAAUGUGAUAGUACUUGUUUAGAAUGUAAUCUUGAUGGAUGCUUAUCUUGUUUUGCCAAUAGAUUAUUAAAUCAAGAAAUGGAUUGUAUACCUCCACCAAACUCAGUUUGGUAUAAUAAUACCCCUUGGUGUUCAAGUAAAAUAUUCUAAUAUACAUCUAGCUUGCCAAGUUGCAGUUAUUAAGGCAUAUUUAUCUGACGACAUUAGUAAGAUUAUUAUCCAUUUUGAUUUUCCUUUGAAUCCAAAGGGCUUCAAUUCAUAAAUCUAAAUUAAUAAAUGCUUGUAAUUAUUUGAAGUAGAAACUGUAUUAAAAUUUGGCUAAAAUUCUGUUUGUUACAUUAAUCAAGAUAAUAAUUAGGAAUUAUUAAUAUCUUUGGGAGAAUAUUCAAAAAUAGAAGUUGGUGAGGAAAUUUUAUUUAAAAGUAACUCUAUAUCUCAUAUAAAUUGUGAAACUACUUUAGAAAAAUUUAUCUUUACUAUAUUAUAAAUGCCAAUCAACCCACUUCCUCCAUAAAUUGAAUAUAAUGUACCUCUUCAUAAACUGAAUCCAUUUGCAGAUAAUUCUGUGUUUUUAAAAUCAAUCAAAAACAACGGAAAUAGAAAAUUAGAUAAUAUUAUUUGGAGUUGUUAAGUGAAAACAAAUGAAGAUAGUUCUGCUCUAAGUCAAUUCAUAGAUUAAAUUAAUUUUGUUUAGGAAUAUAAUUUAUUGAUACCUAAACUUACAUUACCAAGCGAUGCAGAAUUAAAAUUUAAAAUUUAAUAUGAAAAUUUCAUUCAUAUCAAUUCCUAUUCAGAAUUUAUAAUAUACACUCAUUUAGGAGAUCUCCCCUAAAUUAAUAUAAAUGUUAAACCCUCCUAUUUUGUAUAUGAAACAAUUAUAAUUGGUGUUACUGCUGGUAAUUUAGGCUUAUCUACUUCAAAAGAUAAUAUUAAAUACUAGAUUUAAUUAUUCGAAAUAGAAAGAUCCCCUAUAAAAUCAAUUUCUUCAUAAUUAAAUAUAUCAGUUGAAUCUUUUUCUUUUGAAUAUUUCAAUACAAACAUUUCAUAAUACACUCUAAGUCCAAAUUCUACUUAUACUUUUUAAGUAAUUGCGACAAAUUUGUAUACUUAGAAAGUUUAAAAUUAAAACUUGACUUUUGAUGUUCCAUUUGCUGGAUUGAUCUGUUAAUUUAAUAAUUAAGGAAUAUAGAGUAUAAGAUAAGAUCUAAAUCUCUAAAUCUAUUGUAGAGAUUUAGAUACUAAAUAUGAAUGGAAUGAUGAUCUUGAUUUAUAUAUUGAAGUAGAUUGUAAGGAUUUAACAUCAAAUAGAACUUGCUAAAAUGAAUAAAAAUAAGCAAUUAAAGUUAAUAACACCAAUCCUUUUUAAUUUAUCAGAAAGAAUUCUAUCUCCUCAUUUACAGUAUAAGAAUGGAGUGUUAAUGUGACAAAAUUUCAUUAAACUUCAAAAUUUACUUAAAUAAUUGUUUAUCUUGACAAUGAUUUCCCUGUUUUAGAUCUAGAAUUCAAUUAAGGUUAUUUAAUGAGAAAAAUUAAUAAUUAUGAAUAACUCAAUUUUACAUUUCUUAUCCCUUUAUAUUAAAAAGCUUAAUUAUUAGAUUUAUCAAUAGCAAUAAUAUAUAACUAUCAAGUAAUAUAAAUACUGUAGCCUAAAUAUAUUUCUCACUAAUUCAAGAUUUUUAAUACUAUUAAAGAAUUAAAUUUUGGGGAUGAUGUCAAUCUAAAAUUUGCAGCUUAAUAUACAAAUAAUAUCAUGCCAAGCUUAAAUAAUAUAAAACUAUCUAUAAAUUAACCUCCUUAAUGUUCAAAAUUAUUUAUUACUCGUUCAAGUGACUUAGCACUCAAUGAUAUCUAAGUUACAACAACAUGUUAGCAAUCAAAUGAUUUUCCUUACAGAUAUUAACUUAGAUUAUUUUUGAGAGAAUCAGAUUUGAUUUGGUUUUUGCAAGGAUAAUCAGAACCCUCUUCAUACAGUACAAAGUUUGGAAACUAUUAAAUAUGUGCAAAUGAUACUUAAAUAUUAAAAGUAUAUGAGAUGUAGUGUGUUAUGAGAACAAUUUCUGGAAAGUUCCAUAAGUGCAAUCUAAAUAGGAUAUUAAAUAAUGAAACAAUGGAGCAAAGUUGCGAAUGUAAUAAAUUUGGAGAUAUAUUUCUUACAACCUCUACUAAUAUUAGUAAAGUUAUUGUAAACAAUACUUAAUAAUAAGAAUUGGAACUUGAUAAUGCUUUCUUAUUAAAAUAGGUUUUAGUUUUAGUAAUUUGUACUGGUUCAUUGACACUUUUACAAUUUACAAUCUAUAUAUUUUACUUAAUCAAAGAGUACUAAAACUAGAAAGAUGUGAUAAUUGAAAAAAGUAACUUGAAUCCACCUUUCCAUUAGGAUUAAAAGACUAUAAUUUAUUAGGGAAAUUCUAUUGUUUUCAAAGAAAAAUUUAAAGUAAUUAUCAAGUAUAUUUUUAGGAAAUCCAUUAAACAGCCUCAUUGUUUUAUUAUAGCGACUAAGACAUUCAACUUAGUUAUAGAAUUUUAGAAGUAUUCUCUUAAUUCAAUUUGUUACUAUCUUUAACAAUUCUUGAAUGUUCUAAUUAAACUAAUUAAAUUCAUUUCAUUUUCCUAUUCAUAAUUAUAAAUCCAUUUAUAAUUUUGAUAUUAAGAAUAUUUUAUAAGAUAAUUGAAGCUAUUUAUAGAUUCAGAAGAAUUGCUGCUUUUAUUAGUAACUUUAUUCUAAUAAUUUUAUUAAUGGCACCCAAUCUUAUCUUACUAAUAUUUUACAUAUUAAGGUAUUUUAUUCUACUAUUUUAGAAUAUAAAUUUAAUAAGAAUAAUAUAUGGUUGCUAUAAUCUUUUUAGGGAACACUAUAAUAUCACAAAUCCUUGUAGAACCUAUUACAAUUUUUGCCAGAAUCAUUGUUUAUAGAUUGAUAGCCUCCAGUAUUAAAAAUACUGAUCUGAAUCCUAUCUAUCAUUUUAUGCAUUUUUUUGUAAUGCAUAGUAGUUUAGAAGAAAUAUUUGAAGAGUUCACUAGAAUGUGA